AUGAGCAUGUGUGCAGCUGGUGCAGAGGACCUGGUGAGGAGCUGCUGUGCUGCUGGUCAGACCUGGGCCCAACAGAACGACCACUGUCUGGAUUUGCCGCCGCCCUCGGUCCACCAGGCGUCUGUGUGCAGAGUGGCUCAGCAUCAGUGCUGUCUAAGCUCUCUGAGGGAGACUCAGUGUGAGGCUGGUGUGACUGCAGCCAGAGCAGGAGGCUCCUGUGACGUGGAGGCUCCAUGUCCUGACGACUCCUAUCAGGAUCUGCAUCAGACUGAUCCAAACCAACAGGACCUGCAUCAGUCUGAUCCAAACCAACAGGACCUGCAUCAGUCUGAUCCAAACCAACAGGACCUGCAUCAGUCUGAUCCAAACCAACAGGAUCUACAUCAGACUGAUCCAAACCAACAGGACCUGCAUCAGUCUGAUCCAAACCAACAGGACCUGCAUCAGUCUGAUCCAAACCAACAGGAUCUACAUCAGACUGAUCCAAACCAACAGGACCUGCAUCAGUCUGAUCCAAACCAACAGGAUCUACAUCAGACUGAUCCAAACCAACAGGAUCUACAUCAGUCUGAUCCAAACCAACAGGACCUACAUCAGACUGAUCCAAACCAACAGGACCUGAGUAUACCACAGUAUCUGAGUAUACCACAGUAUCUGAGUAUACCACAGUAUCUGAGUAUACCACAGUAUCUCAGUAUACCACAGUAUCUCAGUAUACCACAGUAUCUCAGUAUACCUGCGGCAGCUCAGGAAAGCCAAGCUGCCUGCACAGAUGUUGGUGCAGUUCCACACGGCCAUCACCUCCUCCAUCACCUCCUCCAGCACCUCCUCCAUCACCUCCUCCAUCACCUCCUCAUCACCUCCUCCAUCACCUCCUCCAUCACCUCCUCCAUCACCUCCUCCAUCACCUCCUCCAUCACCUCCUCAUCACCUCCUCCAUCACCUCCUCCAUCACCUCCUUCAUCACCUCCUCCAUCACCUCCUCCUUCACCUCCCCCAUCACCUCCUCCAUCACCUCCUCAUCACCUCCUCCAUCACCUCCUCCAUCACCUCCUCCAUCACCUCCUCCAGCACCUCCUCCAUCACCUCCUCCAUCACCUCCUCAUCACCUCCUCCAUCACCUCCUCCAUCACCUCCUCCAUCACCUCCUCCAUCACCUCCUCCAUCACCUCCUCCAUCACCUCCUCCUUCACCUCCUCCAGCACCUCCUCCAUCACCUCCUCCAUCACCUCCUCCAUCACCGUGUGGUUCGCUGGAGCCACAGUCAGGGACAAACAGAGACUACAGUGCAUUGUGCGGCAGGAGGCUGCGGUCCAUCAGGACUAG